AUUUCAAAUUCGAUUAUGAUUUUUCUACUAUUUUUGAUUUCCUUCUCAUUUGGAAAUGCUGCUUCUAUCAAUAAAACCGAAACAGAUUUAUCUACUUGUGUAAAAGAGUUUUAUACAGCUGUUUACAGUGAAAACUACAAUUGUACAAGUCAAUAUAAUUUUGCAUCGAACAAUGAAACUGUCGCACAAAAAUCAUUAAUCAGUGGAAAAUCGUGUGCACUUGAGAUUCUUGGUAAAGCUUGUACACAGUCACAGUUCACUGAAAUUUUUUCAAAAUUCGAAAACUUUGUGAAGAGCUUGACCACAGAACCAAAGGACAAGAAUUGUAUAGAUUCAUAUUACAAAUACAAUGCAUUGAAAUGUAUGGAAUCGCUGAAUUCGUUAGGCGAGAAAUCCAAAUUGAUUCUGCAAAUGCAACCAAAAAUUAACGAUAGCAGAGUUCUCAAGUUGAUAGAUCAAUGUGAAGGUUUUAAGACUUGCAUGUCAUCCAACUGCUACUACUUCAAAACUGAAGUUUCUAUAGUGUCAUUCUGUGAAACCGUAAAAAUGUCGAACAGCGAAUUCAAGGCAUGUGAGUGGAAGAUCGAAAGAGAGUCGCCAGAUUUGUCGGAAUACGAAUGUCUAGAAGGAGACGAUUUUUAUGAUCCAGCAAUUCUGAACAAAUACAGAUUUUAUACAAAAAUGAAGGAUUGUACAAAGGAGAUAAUGAUGGAUAUUUGUGGAGAGAAGGCGGUUGUUGGUUUUGAAAAAUAUGCAGAGUUAUCAGCAGAUUUUCUGAUAAAAAAAAAUGCAAAGGGCUAUGUCGGAGUGUUCAAAUUCGCGAAAUCCUGUUUCUUGGAAGUAGCAAAACCCGAGUGCUCCAGUUCGCAGUACAAUUUGCUAUCCACAAAAUACGAUGAUUUUUUGAAGAUGAUUACUGAAGAACCAAAAAGCGUUACGAGCUGUGAGAGUUUUUAUUUCAAGUACAAUUCGAUGAAAUGUAUUCCAAUAAUGAUGGAUAUUACUCAUAAAGUGGUUCCUUUGGCUCAGAAACAUUUGAAAGUGAAUGAUUCACGACUUGUGGCUUUGGUGGAUUCGUGUGAUCUAGUGAAGGCCUGCAUGUCUCCUCUCUGCUUUUUCAACGACAUCGAGAAAUCCAUGAUAACGGAGGCGUGCAAUGCAAUCGAGCUGAGGAACACAAAAUUUUCCGAAUGUAUAAGUGAAAUUCAAAAAGAGUCACCGGAUUUAUCGGAAUACAAAUGUCUUAAGGGAGUUGAUUUCAAUAGCAAAGAACCUACCAUUCAAAUUGAUAAAUUCUCGAAAAACAAGGCAUGUACUAAGCAGAUUAUGGAAGAUUUCUGUGGAAAAGAAGCCGUGGAGAAUUUCGAUGAGUAUGCUGAAAUAACUGCGGAGAAGGUU